AUGGAGGAGAGGGUGGGGGAUUUGAGGGUUCCUCUGAUCUCUUCCUUGUUCUGUCUUUGUGUAUUAACUGGUGGUGUCCUCCUUGUUCUCUACCUUUUCGUGCCAGAUUAUUCUCAGCCGUGGUUUGCUCCUGCAGGAUUGAUCUUGGUUGGUUCUCCUUACAUAUUUUGGCUCCUGACUUACAUUUACACCUGCUUGAAACACUGCUGUUUUGGCGAUAGCAGCAUUGAUGACAACCGCCAGAUUUCAAGGCGGACCUCAAGGGCUCCCACAAUGGGGAAACCUGGUGUUGCCAGGACUGAUUCCAAGGCAAACUCUGCUACUUCUAAUAGCAAUAACAUCAAUGAUGGUAAACAAGAUGGAGGAGAUUCAUCAUCUAUCAACUCCGCAAAGGAAAUUGAGAUGCCUUUAGCCGUAUGA